GCCCUUCUGUUUGUCUCUCAAUUUGAAUUCUCAUAGAAAGUUUAGGGGUUUGGGAGUACCUUGAUGCAAAGAUGACAUGUAAUGUCACUGUUUCAUAAUUUUAGUUUCAUUAUAGCUAUGGCGUGUAGCCAAACAUUUCGGCGUAGUUAGGUCUUUUUUCAAUGAACUCUUGUUCUGACAACUGCAAGUAUCUUAUGAAAAACUUGUCAGUGCUUUGGUUAUCGUUAGCUAGCUGCUAGCCUAAUAUUAGCCAUUUACCAGCGUGAGCUAACUAGCAAGCUCCCUAGUUUGGAUAACGUUACCUUUAAAGUUGGUCAACCAGCCAGCUGACUAGAAAAACUUUUUGGACGGUUGUGGAGAGUUAAAGAGGUCAGCCAGGAUAUUUUCUAGAUUUGGACUGGGUCACCACCCCUUGUCACACUGCCAUGGCUGACUGCAGCACAGUUACUAUAGGGACCGCUCGAAGCCUUGAUUUCUCUGUGAAUGACUCCAGAAUGGCUGAGACCACCAAGGAGCACACUUUCCUGGGCUUGACAGCAGACGAUGUGGAGGACAUGCUGCCUCAGGUGGAGACCAGGGUUGUUUUAGUUGGAGACGCUGGCAACAACCCAGAGCUUGUGAAAGCGCUUCAGGCCAUCAAAAUAAUGGAAGUCCCAAUGGUAAAGAUUAAAGAAGGUGUCCCGGGCUCAGAGGCUGGGGAGAAAUUGAUCAAAUCGAUAGUAAAUAUGGACAUCAACAAGCCUUGCUUUAAGACUGACAAUGUCAAAGAAUUUGGCGACGGGGAGAACGCAGAGUUUGAGACGGUGUUUGUGCUGACUGACUUCAAGUCUCCAGACUACGACUAUCUGUACAAGAAUGACAACCGCAUCGUGGGACCCCCUGUGGUGCUGCACUGCGCAGCCAAAGAGGAGCCCCUUCCUUUCUCCUGUCGGCCGCUCUACUCCACCACCAUGCUCAACCUGUCUUUGUGUUUCACCGGAUUCCGCAAGAAAGAUGAAGUGGUCAACCUUGUCAAUCUGGUGCACCACAUGGGCGGCACCAUCCGCAAAGACUUCAGCGCCAAAGUCACCCACCUCGUAGCACACUCGACCCACGGAGAAAAGUACAGGCUGGCUGUGUGCAUGGGCACCCCCAUCCUCACUCCAGAUUGGAUUCUCAAGGCCUGGGAGCACAAGGAUGACGUUCAUUUUCAUGCAGGGGACGAAGGAUUCCGCACGGAAUUCAAAGUGCCCCCGUUCCAGGACUGUGUGCUCAGCUUCCUGGGCUUCACUGCAGAGGACAAAGCCAAUAUGGAGGAGAGGACGCUCAAACAUGGUGGCCACUACCUGGAGGUCGGGAGUGAGAAGUGCACACACACCGUGGUGGAGGAGAACUCUAUUAAGGAGCUGCCCUUCACUCCAUCCAAGAGGCUUUACGUGGUGAAACAGGAGUGGUUUUGGGGGAGUAUACAGAUGGAUGCCAGAGCGGGAGAGUCCAUGUACUCUUAUGAAAAGGCUGAGAGCCCGGCGAUGAUGAAGAAGACGGUGUCGCUGCUCACUCUCACCACGCCCAACAGCAACCGCAAGCGCCGGCGGCUGCGUGACACGCUGGCCCAGCUCACCAAGGAGACGGAGAUCUCGCCCUUCCCCCCACUCAAGAGGCCUUCGGCGGAGCAUUCGCUCUCCAUGGGCUCGCUGCUGGACAUCUCCAACACCCCCGAGACCUGCAAGAGCCUGGGAGAGAUGGCUAGGCCGUCGAAGAGCUCCACGCCGGCCCUGGCCAAGCAGUCUGCCAGGUGGCAGGUGUCCAAGGAGCUGUACCAGACAGAGAGCAACUACGUGUGCAUCCUGGAUACGGUGCUCCAGCUCUUCAAGUACCCCCUGGAGAAGGAGGGGCAGGUGGGAGGACCCAUCCUGGCUCAAGAGGAGAUGAAGACCAUCUUUGGCUGCAUCCCAGACAUCUACGAUGUGCACACCAGGAUAAAGGCGGACCUGGAGGAAGUGGUGAUGAACUGGUCGGAGGACAAGAGCGUUGGCGACAUCUUCCUGAAAUACUCGAAAGAUCUUGUUAAGGCCUAUCCGCCAUUUGUCAACUUCUUUGAGAUGAGCAAGGAGACCAUUCAGCGGUGUGAAAAGCUGAAACCCCGCUUCCAUGCUUUCCUCAAGAUCAAUCAGGCCAAGCCUGAGUGUGGGCGGCAGACGCUGGUGGAACUGCUGAUUCGCCCCGUGCAGAGGCUUCCUAGUGUGGCUCUCCUGCUCAACGACAUAAAGAAGCACACAUCUGAGGAUAACCCGGACAAAAUCACUUUGGAGAAGGCCAUCGAGGCGCUCAAAGAAGUCAUGACGCACAUAAAUGAAGAUAAGAGGAAGACGGAGGGCCAGAAGCAGAUUUUUGAUGUUGUCUAUGAGGUGGAUGGAUGUCCGGCCAACCUGCUGUCCUCUCACCGAACUCUGGUGCACAGGGUGGAGACCAUCGCUCUAGGAGACAAGCCCUGCGACCGUGGCGAGCAGGUCACCCUCUUCCUCUUCAGUGACUGCCUCGAGAUUGCACGGAAGCGGCACAAGGUCAUCAGCACGUUCCGGAGUCCACUGGGUCAGACCCGCCCACCUGCUCAGCUGAAGCACAUUGCCCUCAUGCCCCUGUCCCAGAUCAGACGGGUGCUGGACCUGCAGGACACUGAGGACUGUCAGAAUGCCUUUGCACUGGUGGUGCGCCCUCCCACUGAGCAGGAGAACCUGUUGUUCAGCUUCCAGCUGACGGCCGAGGACGCGCAGAAGUCUGUGUGGCUCAAGACCCUCUGCCGGCAAGUGGCCAACACCAUCUGCAGAGCCGAUGCCGAGGACCUCAUCCAGUGCACCGAUCCUGACUCCGUCCAAGUAAGCACCAAAGAUAUGGACAGCACACUGAGCAGAGCCUCCAGGGCCAUCAAGAAGACAUCAAAGAAGGUCACCAGGGCUUUCUCCCUGACUAAGACCCCCAAGCGUGUGCUCCAGAGGGCCUUCAUGGCCAGUGGCUCCCCAAACAAGAGUCCCGGCCUGGCCUCCGAAUACAUGAGCCGUGCCGGCAGCAGCUCCACCCUGGCUGUUCGCCAUUCUCCAUCCAUGGUCAACCUGUCAUCUAUGUUUGAGAGGAAGUACCACACCUUCAGUCGAUCCUCAACACACCUCAUUUAACUAUCCUUUCUGUGUGUUCUAGUUUCAAUGAAAGUACUUACCGUAAACUAAUCCUCAAUGGUACAGCAAAUAUUUCCAACACUUUCAAGUGCGUACAUUAACACAAGCUUGGACAAAUAUUGUCUGGGUUGAAACACGAAGGAUCAUUUUUGUGUGUGUGUUUGUUUCACUUAUCUGGUAUUAAACGUUUCAGGCACAUUUAAUUAACGCAGAUAGAUAUGCAGUAACAUCUUAAUUUUCUUCAUAGAGGGAUAGAGUUGGUUUCUGUAGUUAUUAGCAAAUGAAAGUAUUCAUAACAUUUAAUGGGAACAAAGCCUGUUGGUUUCGGUUACCUUAUCUUUCAGCUUUUAUAAAGCUAUUAUGUAUCUGACUUUUAUUACCAGUGAUCAGGAUUAGGGGGAAUGAGUCACUGAAGCAUAGGCGUUUAUUCAUUCUUUUUGCAUAUGUUUUAAAACUGAUUUUAUUUGUCCAUUUAGUUUCGAUUGUGUGUUUGUGUAGCCUUACAUAUUUAUACUUCAAAAUCAUUUAUAUAAAUAGCCUAUGUGAGAAACCUUCUCACCAUUGCUCCUUUUCUAUUUAUGUAAUGUGAGUGGUUUUUUGUUUUGUUUUUUUUCUUCCUUGUGCUCUCGGUAGCUCUACACUAUAUAUAUACUGUCAAACCUGAUUUUCUUUAUCCUUCUUUAUCUGUUUUUUCUCUAAAGAAAAUAUUACCAGGGCAGCUAGUCCUGUAAAUCAACGCAAGUCAGACACUUAAGGCUGAAAAUAAAAGAAUGACUAUUUCUACUUUUAUAUAUGAUUUAAUUUGCUUUAUUUCAAUAAAAGAAGCAAAACUCUUAUUAGA